GUGGAGCUUCACCGGAGAGGGAGAUGAUCAGGCGGGAAAUGGAGGCGGCAGCAAAGGAAGUAGCCGUGCUGGAGCUGCCGCUCGGGGACGCGGCCGAGACAUUCUCGCUGGAGAAGGCCGUGUGCAGCCACGGUCUGUUCAUGAUGGCCCCCAACAGGUGGGAUCCGCUCACUCGCACCUUCUCUCGGCCUCUCCGUCUCAUCGCAGACCUCGAGGGCGACGCUUCCUUGUCCGUGAUGGUCCGCAUUUCUCACCAUUCUCGAGCUCUUCAAGUCCUAGUAUACGGCCACUCCGCUCUCUCUCCGGAACAUGAAAGCUCGCUGAUGCAUCAAGUGAGAAGGAUGCUGCGUUUGACGGAGAAUGACGAGAGUAACAUGCGGGGAUUCAGGAAGAUGUGCGAGGAGAUGAGAGCAUCAGAAGUGGUGAGGAAUUUUGGAGGCAGAGUGUUCAGGUCCCCUACCCUUUUUGAAGAUAUGGUGAAGUGCAUUCUCCUUUGCAACUGCCAGUGGUCCAGGACUUUAGACAUGGCGCUUGCACUUUGUGAGCUUCAGUUGGAGUUGCAGCAUAGCUCAUCUAAUUUAUCAGGUUCUGAAGCUUCUGUUAAGGUUGCCGAGACCGCAGAAGCUAAAACUGAGGGUUUUUUUCCAAAAACCCCUUCACUGAAAGAGGCAAAACGAAAACGUGUGAGAAGGAUGUCAGGGACCAACUUAUCAGGCAAGUUUACAGAUAUUGAGCAGGAUUUGAAGGUGGAUGUAACUACGAAGAUUGAGGGUGUAGAGAAUGUUGAAAAUGGCAGCUGCUUGCAAGAGACCGACAGAUAUGCGUCUAACUCUUCUUCAACAAAUAAUGGGUUUAUUGAAUCUGGCAAUCAACGAAGUUGUCAGACUUUGAAUGAAUCCUGUGAAGUUGAUCAUUGUUUUGAUAAGAUUGGAAAUUUUCCUAGUGCAAGAGAACUAGCUACUCUUGAUGAGAGUUUCCUUGCCAAACGCUGCAAUCUUGGCUAUAGAGCAAGCCGUAUUCUAAAGCUCUCUCAGGGUAUCGUCAAAGGGAAGAUACAGCUGAGACAGUUAGAAGAGAUGUGUGAUACGCAAAACUUUUCGAGUUACGCUGAGCUGAUGGAGCAGCUCAAGGAAAUUGAUGGUUUUGGUCCCUUCACAUGUGCCAAUGUGCUAAUGUGUAUGGGAUUCUACCAUGCUAUUCCAACUGAUUCAGAAACAAUUAGACAUCUGAAGCAGGUCCAUGCAAAAAGCUCUUCCCUUCAGACGAUUCAAAGAGAUGUUGAAGAGAUUUAUGGACAGUAUGCUCCAUUUCAAUUCUUAACUUAUUGGGCAGAAAUUUGGAACUUUUACGAGCAAACAUUCGGGAAGCUAAGUGCAAUGCCUUACUCAGACUAUAGACUUAUCACCGCUAGUAAUAUGAGAACAAAAAAGGGUUGCAGAAACAAGAGGAGCAAGCCAAUUUGAUGGAGUUAGUGCACCGGCCAUGACAGGCAUGCUCCUUCCUCUCUUAUCUGUUUACUAGUGCACUUGUACUAACGAACUUCAUGGAUGUAUGUUGUCACAUAUUAACAUGCGGACCUUAAAGCUAAUUUUGGAGCCAAACAGUCGGUUCACUUGCGGACCUUAAAGCGAAUCUUGAUUGGAGCCAAACACUUGGUUCUUGCCUUCUAGGAGGUGCUUAAUUAUAUUUCGGAAACAUUAACAGAGGUAGUUCAGAGAACAUAAUUACUUAAGUCUCUGAAUUCUUUCCCUGUUAACUUCAGCCUCCAAACUGUUCCGUUCCAUAGUUCAAAUCAUGGUGGUUGUGAUGUUGUCCUCUACAUACAGAGGGCAGCUCCUUUCAAGCCCCACCCUUUGAUCUCAUCCCUUUCUUUUCUCCGAGUGAUGCUUUCUUUUUCAAUAAAUUCCUUCUGAUUUCUCAUGUAAGGAAAGUGCUGAAAAUAUCGGAAAGCACAGACCGCACAAAUGAAGAAGCGCAGUUCUCUAGCU